AUGGAGUUACCUGAGGGAUUUCGAAUGUGGAUUGGGACCUGUGUGACUGCUUCUAAAUUUUAUGUGGCUUUCAAUGGUAUUUUGGUAGGAUUCUUUAAUGGUCAGAGGGGAUUGAGACAACGGGAUCCAUUGUCACCUUAUUUAUUUGUUUUGGUAAUUAAUGUGAUAUCCCAUUUGUUGGAUGUUGCUUCUAGGGAGGGAAUUUUUAAGUAUCAUCCCAAGUGCAAGAGAAUUUCUUUGACACACUUAUGUUUUGCUGAUGACCUUCUAAUAUUUUGUUACGGGUCUAUGGAUUUUGUCUUUGGUGUGAAGAGUGUGCUUGAGGUUUUUUAUGGAAUGUCUGGCCUAAAGUUGAAUGCUGUUAAAACUGAAUUAUUUGCUUGUGGCAUGGAUGGUAGGACACUAGAGAAAAUUUGUGAUGCUAUUGAUUUCAGACUUGGUAAGAUUCUUGUGAGAUAUCUUGGUGUACCUCUAGUCACAAGAAAACUCACGGAGAAAGAUUGUUUGCCUUUGGUUGAGAAUAUUAGGGGUAAACUUGUUGUGUGGCAAUUGAUACUUCCUAAGGAUAUUAUUAGGAAGAUUGAGCAAUUAUGCAUGCGUUUCUUUUGGAUGGGUAACGACUCUUCUCCUAGGAGUGCUAGAAUUAGUUGGAGUCAAAUAUACAGUUCUGAUAGGGGCUCCUUAUGGGUUGCUUGGAUCAAUGAAUAUGUCUUGAUGGGGCAUAACUUUUUAUAUGUUGUUAGCAGACCUCAUUAUAGUUGGAUUCUGAUGAAUCUGUUUCUUAUGGGAGGGAUUGUUGCUUCUCUUUUUGGUGGUGGAAUCGAUUGGAACAAGAAGAUUGAUUUGAGAGAAAGUCAGGUAGAGGAUGUAAUAUCCCAAACAUCAGGUCAAUGA